ACCAGUCAGUCGACCACGCGCCUUCGCCGGGCUCACACCGAGCACACCGCAUCGCUUACAAACAGACCGACAAUUACUCUCGGCUCAUAGUGGCAUAAAGUUGUAAUUUGCGUUCGAGGUGUGACUGUCUAUAUGAGACAGUACCGGCUCCUAACUUCAUCAAUAUUUCAGUGAGGGCGAUCAUUUUAAAGGACUAAGUUCCUGUGUGUGUUUUCUACAUGAGAUGAAGGAAUAUGCCUUCUCAUAACGGAUUUACCGUGCUAGUUUUCUUGGUGGUACUUUGUGGCGGGUCGUCUCGCGAAGUCACAGAUGAAGAAAUUGUCCAGGAUACGAAGUCCCUGGGCAGAAAUUUUAUGAUUGUUAGUUAUAAUGAUAAUCUUGAAAAGAGUUACGCAUUGCGUUUAGGGGUGUCUUGGUACUGGAGACCGUUGCUUUUGAGAAAACACCAAACGAAAUUCAUUUCAAACGCGUAAGCAACGGAAAACAAAUCAUACAAAGUGUGUAUCAAGAUGGAGUUCUCAAAGAUUGUGAUUUCGGGGACAACUCCAAGAUGGUUUUGGAAUUUGUUCAUGAGUUCACUCUCAAAAAGCAUCUUUUCCGACGAAGGAAUCAUGGAGAUGUUUUUCGUUUUUACCACACAGUUCAAGAUGAUGGUGAGCAAUUUGCAAUGAAGGGUUUCAGAAAUCGCCAGAAAUUAGGCGAAUUUAAAGAUAUGGUGAAAAUCAACAAGGAAAUUAGAAAAUGCCAUAAAUAUGUGCGACAAGUGAAACGAGUUCAGAGACAACAAAAUCGCCACAAUCCGGACGGCAUUGAUUUCCGGAAAGCUUAUUUCGAUACAACCGGUGACUCUGCCGUGGAUGGUACUCUGUCAACCACGAGUGGUGCUAAUACACCGGAAGUGAAAUAUAUACAUCCGAAUGUUAUAUCGGAAGUACGCCAAAAGUUUGCAAACAAAUCUACCGGAAGUGGUUCAAAGUUUAACUCAGGAAGAACUACUAGAUCUGCGGAAUCAUUUGCAUAUUUCAAUCGCGAUGAAGCACAGGCACUUCCGGAAUAUCACGAGAGGCGGAAACGAUCUUUCUUUAACAAAUAUCUUAUAUUUCCGGGUACCAAAUGGUGCGGACGUGGUCAAAUAGCGAAGGAGUAUGACGAACUCGGAGAUGACCAGGAAGCGGAUGUUUGUUGUCGGGAUCAUGAUUGUUGCCAAGACAUAAUUCCAUGUUUUUCAACGAAAUACAAUUAUUUCAACUACCGUUUUCACGCCAUUCUCCAUUGCGACUGCGAUAAAAGGUUCCGGGGUUGCCUGAAACAGUCUGUUUCGCCGAUGGCUAGCCUUAUUGGCAGGAUUUACUUCAAUAUCAUGGGCUCGAAAUGCUUCAACGUGGUCAUGGAGGACGUGUGCGUCCGUCGGUCCUGGUGGGGACGCUGUGAGGAAUACGAACAACAGAAAACAGUCAAAAUAGAGGAUCAGGAGCCGUACAGCUAUUGUGAGAACAGCAAUUAGGACGACCCGGAGUCCUACACAGAGUCCUACCCGGAGGACAAAACUGAUAACAACAUGGGAUUCUAGUUCUGAAGUGUCAAAUCGUAGUAAUCAAGCGACCUUACGCAACCUGCAAGGAAAAUAUGGGGAUAGUUAUAUGACGACACGGGGUCCCAAGGGGAGGAUGACGUGUAGGAUGUAAGGGAUCCUACACGCUUUGCAUCAGCGAUAAAUGAUAUUUCUGCUAGAAAACGGGGACAAUUGUAGAAUGCAGUGGGGUCCCGAUUCGGGGACGUUUAAUGGCGGACACGGGUUUCUAUAUUUGGAACGAUUUUAAGAGAUAUUGAACAUUGAUAUUUUGAUAACGGCAGGGAACGUUCAAAUAAGGGAGUACUGGAUCCCUAAGCUUGGACCACAUAAUAAAAGAUCCGGGCACUGCAUGUUGACAUUUGUCUGGUAGGAACGGGAGGGGAGGAGGCAUGCGAGGAAUAAAAUGUUAAGGAUACGUUUUCCCCUCAAAAGGAAAUCCAAGUUAGUGAAUAUUGGGUUCUAAUUUUGGGGCUACAGGAUGAGAGGAACACGUGAUCUACGUUUUGUGAAAAUAGAAAAGGGUAAAACAAGAUGCAAAAUGUUACGACAUCGGCGUAGAAUCGACAGUUUUAUCCACAGCUGGAAUCGCUGUCUUAUCGUCCGUUUGUUUAUUAGCUGACGAAGAAUUAACGGACGGACGGAAGGACGGACAGGAAUCCGCUAUAUAUCGCCAAUCACAAUUGGCCGGAUACUGUCAAGGUAGACACCAAAAUGGCAUUUGUAUGUGUUUAGCUGUAGGAGACAUGCAUGUAUAUAACAAUGUAUCCAUAUUGCGCUACAAAUGGGUGUAAAAGUUGGCUAAGUGUGAAUAUUGAGCAUUUAGCAUAUUAGCAAAUAAUCCUGUGCAGCAAUUAGCGUGAUUUUUUAAAUAAUUUAAAUUUAAAUUUAAAUAAUCAAAUGUUGACGCUAUUUUUUUUAAAUAAUAUCCAAUAUCUGUUCCAUACAGGGAAUACACUAAAAAGUGUUCAAUUUUAAGAGACAUAUUUUUCCGGAUAACAUUUUAAUUUCAUAAAAUGUAGUCAAAGGAUGCCACGAAUACUUUUGAUUGUAUUCGUGAUAUAACUAAGUAUUCAACACUUUUUAUCGGUAUUAUGGAAUCAGAAGCCGGAAAAUUCAGCGAAAUCCUAUUUUAAAAAUUUCAAUUAAAUUUAUCCGUAUUAUCACCGGCUCUGUAUAGAUAGACUGUGUUUUAAUUAAAUGGCAGCGUCGUAGAUACUAUCAAACUAAGAAAAAGUUAAAAGCAGCUUCACAGAGCUGCACUCAAUCACUCAAUCAGCGAGUACAUCAUGGAUUCUGUUUCAUUUUGAAAAAAAAAAGAAAAGAAAGAAAAAAAAAUAAGAAACUCGGUUAAUUCACCUACAAUCAAAAGAUCAGCAGCUCCCCCAUGUACCUGCAUAUCCGAUGUACUAGCGGUUGUAAAUAUAUAUUAAUUGAAAUGUUUACAAGCCAGGUAGAUUCUAUCACCGUUAUUCGUGUACAAUGUAUUGUACUACUAAUGGCUUCUGUGAACGAGAUGGAUGAUAUCCAUUUCAAUUACAAGGUGUACAUUUCCUUGCUGUUUCUACCCUCGUCUACGUAAUCGCUACAUCGCAUUUAUAACUGACUCAUCGACUACUACAUUUGAAGGAGGAUGUCAUCUACACUUAACACCGCCCAAAUAUCAUUUACAGCAACACCGCCUUGAAGUCUCACGCUAUAAUAAUCGGAAACCGUCGGCACUUUCCGUUCUCGUUUACGAUAAGUGCCGACGGUUUCCGAUUGACGCUACAAUAGUCUCGUUCAACCAAACGCUUGUUUGGCUAUAUGCCAUGCUCAUAACGAAAUGCGUAGUGACCAAUAGUCCGGUUGAACGAGACUUUUAAAACUAAUGCUAAUGUUACAAUGUCUCUCAAUUUUUUCUCAUGUUGGAUAAUGAAAGAAGCCCAUUUUAGAUCCCGAAACAACUCGAAAAUAGAUCUAACAUAUUUUUAGCAUGAAUGUUUGAUGUAUUCAGAUGUAAAUAACAAUAAUGUAAUGUAUAUAAAUAUGUCUAUCACUAAUUAAACGUGAGUGGAAGUACGGGUAUGUUUUACAUGUAAGUCAAAGUCAAACUUCGCAACUGCCUAUCCAAUCGUGAUCUGUCGGAAAUUUCCGUAAACAUUCAGUUAUCGUUGACGGGAAGUACCGGCAGCUUCCGAUUGAUUGCAAACUCUAUACUCGUCACAUCUCGGCAGAUUCCGUACUUAGGAUGAAGGGUACCGGAAUCAACCGAGGUUAGCCGAAUGGCAAACUGUGCAUUGAAGUUUAAAGGACGUUUGUUAGCGAUCAGCUUUUAUUGGGAUAUCGCUCCCUCUUUCUUAAUUUACAGUUGUUAUCCCUUUGUCGGAUAUCGCUCGACAGUUUGAUUAUUAAUGUAGUAUGCGUCACGCAAAGCAAUUAAUUUCCGCGAGUAAUUUCUUUUUCAUGGGACUUCUGUAGUCCUAGAAACACAGGUUUCCUUUAAUGUAAUUCAUUGAAUAAUUGCAAUAUUUGUGAACUCGCACUUGUCACACUUUCUUAUGAAUUUUCACCAAAAAUAAUAUUCUCGCGAAAAUUAAUUGAUUUACAGCAUGUUUAUUAAGUCGCGUUCAACCGGAUUUGUUGUCUGCGCAUCCUAUUACGUAUUGAUCAAGCGUCUGACUGAACGAGACUAAGUAUGUUUUUAUUAUUUAUUGUGGUCCCUUAUUCUGUUGGCAUGUGCUAUGUACAUUUGAUGUAACACAUCUGUAUGCUAGAACUAUUCAUUAUCUAUGUAUUCUGACAAUAAAAAUCGUACAUAAAUGUA